GGAGACUAGAUAGCGUUAUUCCGUCAUUUUACUCCAAUGUCCUACAAGAAAAAAAAACAUUUAUUUAUAAUAAUAGUCAACAAACCAAAACCAUGUGGUGGUCAAUACCAACAGCUUUUAUAUUUCUAGCGCCGGCCACAUCGGCCGAGCGCAGACUCCCCACCGACGUCCAGGUCGACCUCCUGUUCCCCCGCAACGAAACAUAUGCGCCGGCGCCGUGGUUCCCCAUCAUCUUUGCCAUACGAAACCUCGACGCCGCGUGGCCGCUGGACGUCGACCUCCAAGUCGACGUCUUCAGCGUGGGGUCGCGCAGGAACCAGACCCAGCACGUGAGCUGGCAGGACAUUGGCCUGUACUCGGUGCCGACGCCGGAGAGGCACUACUUCCACAUGCCGGCGAUAAACAUGAUCGAGGGCGCCACGGACCGCUACAACAUCGUCUGGCGGCUGCGGAUCUGGAACAGGUGCUUUGGUGGUGACGACGACGACGACGACGACACCAACACAACCGAGGCCAGGUCCUGGACAAACGACCCCGCGCCCUUUAGGAUGCAGAACCUGAGCUUCUCCACCGCGCCGGGCGCGAUGCUGCCCGACGUCGAGACGUCCAUCGCCUCGUGCCCUGAGCCGAGCGAGAGGAGCUCGGCCGCCGUUCGCAUUCUAAAAGUGCGGGAAAGCUCCGCCGACGGGGGGAGGCCAUGUCCGGUCAUGGAGGACAUCCCGCCCGAGAAGUGUAUAUACAGGCCGCUCGCCAAGCAGCUGGCGGGCAGCGUCAAGACGAUUCUGGACCAGAAGCUUUGUGCUGCAGACGCGCGGCAGACGACCUCGGCGCCCUGUCAGCGCUUGAGCGUGGGAGCGUCCCCGGUCGUCACGUCAUGGUCAUGGAUGGGCUGGGCGCUGGUUGCUUUGGCCUCUGCUGCAUGGGUAUAGAUAUUAUAGAGGCUGUACGGGUUUUGGAGAAAAUGGUUUCUGGAUAAGAGAGGGUUGUUGGAGCCGAAUGCAAUCUGCAUCAGGAGGCCGAGUCAAGGCCGUUUUGUUUGCUCAUCCAAUAUCGAUAAUUUAUCCUGAUCCGCUCAUGUAUUUGGAAAAAAAAGAAAAUCCU